AUGUGCAACAAGAACCCUAUUUCCAAGUCUCAGAAGGCUAACCCGAGAGCCGACCGCUGCAGUGGCGUCGACCCCAGCAUUGGCAAAGGAAAACGGAGGGCCCGCCAGGGUUCGGAAAGCUCGUCUUCGAGCAACGACCCCAUUGAAAGCCUAGUGGAUCCUGAGAUACUAGCUAAUGGAGAAGGCCAGUUGAUUGGGCCCGCCGCCGCCCGUGAACUUGACAAGAAAAAUAAGAAGGACAAUGAAGUGAAGAAGAACGAUAAUGGCAGCCUUAACAUUAAGAUUCAUCUUGACUUGCAUGCUAAGGUCAAGUUGGAUUUGGAGGCUGACCUAUAUGGAGAUAUUGUGAUUGGGCUAUUCUGA